CACUUAUUUACAAGAGACUGCUGUAUUUUACAUUUAAAAUUUGUUUAGAUUGAGUAUGACUUCCUCUACAGUUUUUCUUUUUAUAUUGCUGUCGAUGGUAUAUCUGUUUGUGGAAACUGCUGCACGACAAGAUUGUGGUCCCCAUUAUUGCCUUACUAGAAAGCACAAUUGUGAUAUAGCAUUAUGUACAGACGAUUAUGUUGAAAUGGAUUAUCCCGAAUUAUGCAGAUGCUGUCCACAGUGUUACAAAAUAAAAGGUGAUGGGGAAUCCUGUGGAGAAGAAAAUUUUGCAGUAUGCGGCCCUAAUUUGAAGUGUGUUAGAGGCGUUUGCAUAAAAAACAAAAUUUAGCAAUAUUUAUCUAUUGUAAUAAUAAUCCUAUAACUGCCUCUUAUUAAAAAUAAAUAAAAGUAUA